ACGACUGGUGUGGUCGACGUAUAUCAGUGACCACAUAGAUACUUUGGACCAGACACGAGAUGAAGCGUCUUUAACAAAUGUCUUACGUGGCGACCUCUAAGUGGUUUUAGUAUCUCGCACGUGAUUGGCGACCGCUUUCUUGACACGUCUACAUUAAACUCCAACUAUACAUCUCGUGACAUGGCCAUCGCUAAACGACAUCGUUCUAAGAUUUUUUUAAUGAGAUCCGUGAUAUUAUGGCGGGUAAAUUUUAAUUUGGGCUUAUACGAUAAAAGGCCCAUAAUAAUACUAAAGGCCCAAGUAAUCUAGGGUUCCGUGGCUUCCACAAUAUAACUCUCCGCCGCUGAGAAAUGAACUAGGGUUUCAGCUGCUUCACCUCUCCAGAUCUUGCGUCGGAAAGGAUCGUUCAGAGCAAUGUCUCCGGCUAAAGGUACGAUCUUUGGCGUUGUUAAUGAGAUUCAAUACGUUCUUCUUGUUUGAUUUGAAUCUCUUACAAAAGACUUAUGUUGAAUGCAAACGGUAGUAACUAGUCUUGUAUUGAUGCUUUGUAACCACGUUUUGUAAAGUACUUAGCUUCACUUCUAGAUGGUGUUCAAAUGAUCUGUAAGUAUUAUAACUCUCCGCCGCUGAGAAAUGAACUAGGGUUUCAGCUGCUUCACCUCUCCAGGUUCGUUCUGUCUCUUGCCUUCUCACUGCUACGUCCUGUAGCUGGAGCUGUUGCAGGAGAUAGAAAGGGCUUUUGUGCAUCUUGAUUAUGAGUACACUCACAAGCCUGAGCAUGCUAGAUCCCACUGUUAGCUGUUUGUUUGCUUCUUGUGUCGUUUAAAGCAGUGAAGAGAUCUCUCUCUACGUCUAAAUUCUUAAGAGCAUCAAAUCGUUUAGUAGACAAGCACCUUUGUAAGUUGUAACUAUAUUUACUUUUUUCUUGUGCUUAAAUUAGAUAGUAGUAAAACUACAAAGAUCAUUUCAGUUUAGUUUGAUUAUGGUAGAAACUACAAAUUAUUGUAGUAACUAAAAAUCAACUUUGAAAUCAAAUUCAUAAAUAAAUUGGUAAAAUUGAAUAACCCCCAAUUUUGACAAAUAUUUUAAUAUCACUAAUUCAAUAGUACAUAAUUUUAGGAAGAAAAAAUAAAAUCAAGAAUCCCAUAACAAUUUUUUCGGCUUAGAUUUAUAAUUUCAUUAAAAUGCAAUUGCUUGAUUGUGGUAAAAAACUACAAAUAAAACAGAACUGAAAAUUAUGUCAGGUCUGGUUCUAUUCAAUUCACCGGUUUGGAUAGAUUAGUUCAAUUAUAAGAGAACCGAAAACGAACCGAAUCCUAAUCGGUUUGGAAUGAAAAAAAGCGCGUGUGGUGGAAUAUGUUUGUUUUCAUCCCACAUCGGGAACUUGAGGCGCAUGAGUCAUGCGGAUGCUGCUAUAAAAGGUCAAGGAUCAUCAACUAUAAAAAAUUGCCUUAAACUAAUGAGUAAGGAAAACAAAGCGAGCGGUGAGAGCCGGUCGCAGCGCUAACGAAAAACAUAAAAAGUGGCGCAAGAAUUUAUGGAAGGGAAAUAGGCUGGCCGAGUCGUUGACGCUGCUUACUUUUGCAGAACUCGACUCGCGCGGGCCUCCCUCAUCCCCCAAAUCUAUUAUACCUAAAAUUAUUUAAACUUUAGAGUACAAAUGCAAACAAAUGAAUUUUGAUUGAUCUCUGUCUUUGUGAUUCACGAGCAGCUCCUGCCCCGAUUAGUUGAUCUGUUCUCCCGAUUUUUGUAAUCGGUGUUGUAAGAAGAAAGCUUCACAUCGAGGACAAAGAUCCUGUUUGGUCAGUACACGGUCGUUUGAUUUCUCAGCGGCAUCCUUUGUCCGAAACAAUGGAAGAAGCUCAUUCAGUGAACAGUCCAAGGCGGGUUCUUAGCUUCUCCAAGAGAAAGAAGCAAAAGCCCUUCGGUUUCCAGGAUUCAGACAGCACAAGGUCAUCUCCGUUCAGAGCAUCACAUGUUCAGGGACCUAAACCCUCUGAGGUGUAUGGUUUUGUAGGCUCCAUCUCUACCGUUGUUGCCACAUUGAUCUUCUUGAUAUGGGCUUAUGUACCUGAUAAACUGUUGGAGUCUAUAGGGAUCCAUUACUACCCAAGCAGGUACUGGGUGUUGGCUAUGCCCACGUACCUGAUGGUGACUUUGCUGCUAGGUUUGGCGUUUUACAUUGGUCUCAACUUCAUCGCCACUCCACACCCUACCUCUCUCAAUACCUUGUUUGAUGAGUAUAGUCGAGAGCCUGGGGAAAUUGAUUCUCAGAUGGAGGAAGGGGACGAGAGUCCUAUAGAUCCAAUCUCUGACAUUGAUAUUACAAGAAUCAAUGAUCUUAUGUUCAACUCAAGUGAUGUCAUGUGAUACUUAGAUUCUUUAGAAGCUAAAACAAUUUAGCUUUUGAUUUAGUGACUGAUGUAAACUGGAACUGUUACCAUGUUUUUUUUCAUAAUCUUCAUCAGUGAGAGCGGCUCUUUGUGACUCUA